GCCCCAUAGCGACGAGGCGGCCAUGGCGGCCGCGCAGCUCUAUAGCAAGUUCACCCGGGUUUGGAUCCCCGACCCCGAAGAGGUGUGGAAGUCAGCAGAGAUCACCCAGGAUUACAAAGACGGCGAUCGGAGCCUCCACCUCCAGCUGGAAGAUGGCACCCUCUAUGAUCUCCCCAUCGGCCCCGAUGGCGACGGGCUGCCCUUCCUGCGGAACCCGGACAUCCUGGUGGGGCAGAACGACCUGACGGCCCUCAGCCACCUCCAUGAGCCCGCAGUGCUGCACAGCCUCCGCGUGCGCUUUGUCGAGUCCAACCUCAUCUACACCUACUGCGGCAUCGUGCUGGUGGCGCUGAACCCCUACGAGGAGCUGCCCCUCUAUGGGGACGACGUGCUGUGGGCCUACAGCGGUCACCAUAGGGGCGAUAUGGACCCCCAUAUCUAUGGGGUGGCUGAAGAGGCUUAUAGGAACAUGGCCAGGGCCAACGAGAACCAAUCGGUGGUGGUGAGCGGCGAAUCCGGGGCGGGCAAAACGGUGUCGGCCAAAUACGCCCUGAGGUUCUUUGCCACCGUGGGGGGGUCCCGUGGGGCCGUGGAGAGCCGAGUGAUGGCGGCCAACCCCAUCUUGGAGGCCCUGGGCAACGCCAAGACGACGCGCAACGCCAACAGCAGCCGCUUCGGCAAGUACGUGGAGCUGCGCUUCGGCGGCGGGCAGCGCCUGCUGGGCGCCCACGUCCGCACCUACCUGCUCGAGAGGUCCCGCGUCGUCUGCCAG